CGAUCGAUCCGUAAGGUCUUCUGGUUGACUUUGCAAUACAAACAUGGCCAUACGGACCAUCCGCUUGGCCCAGCUGGGUGCACUGGUAACGGUAAUUGCAGUUCUAGCUGGUGGUUGCAACGGCGCUUCUGUUGACCAUGAUGGAAACUACCGGGGUUUCAAACUUUUCUCCGUGCGGCAGAAGGAUGAGACGACGGUAAAGCAUCUGCGAGAACUGCAGCUGUCCAACGAUGAGCUGGAUUUCUGGAAGCUGGAUCGGAUUGCUGGAUCCGAGGCACACGUUCUUGUCCCUCCGUCCCAGGUGAAGUCCUUCGUUGCCGAUCUGCUCAAGAACCGCAUUCAGUUCCGCGAGCUUAUUUCCGAUUAUGGAAGAAUUAAGGACGAGAACACCCGCUUCGGCACAUCGCGCCGGUUGUCGAACAAGAACCCAAUCCUGACGAAGUAUCUGCGGCACCAGGAAAUCAACGAUCUGCUCGAGUCCUAUGCCAGACGUCACCCGAGCUUUGUGUCGGUCAACGAGAUUGGUAAAUCGUACGAGGGACGUUCGAUCAAAUCCAUCACGAUUCGGUCGCCUGUUGCAGGCAACGCAUCCCGACCCAUCGUGCUGAUCGAUGCUGGAAUUCAUGCCCGGGAGUGGGCCGCCCCAGCAACGGCCGUAUACGUCAUCAGUGAGUUGGUGGAAAAUGCGGCUAAACAUCGGGAUCUGCUCGACGGGCUUACAUGGAUCGUCGUACCGCUGGUUAACCCGGACGGUUACGAGUACAGUCACGAGUCGGUACGACUGUGGCGUAAAACACGCCGACCAACGGGCCAGCAUUGCUUCGGCAUUGACGGUAACCGGAACUUUGAUUUCCACUGGUCCGAGGUCGGUUCGUCCGAUAGUCCCUGUUCCGAUACGUUCCAUGGUGAGCACUCGUUCUCCGAACCCGAAACGCAGGCCAUUCGUAACGAGCUGCUGCGCCUGAAGGGUAGCUGCAAGUUCUAUCUGACGCUCCACUCGUACGGCGAAUAUCUGCUGUACCCAUGGGGAUGGACUUCCAACUUACCCCAGGAGUGGGAGAUUAUCGAUGAGGUGGCUCGUGCCGGUGCGGAUGCUAUCCAUGAUGCGACCGGAACCUCGUACCGGGUCGGUAGCUCAACCAAUGUACUCUAUGCUGCCGCCGGUGGUAGUGAUGAUUACGCGUUCGCGGUGGCUGACGUGCCAAUUGCGAUCACGAUGGAGCUACCGGGUGGUGGAAACUCUGGCUUCAACCCGCCAGCCAGCCAGAUUGAGGAAAUCGUAAAGGAAUCGUUCGUCGGUAUUCGGGCGAUGGCGAUCGACGUGGCUCGAAAAUAUGCCUAAAGGGUCUACUGGCAGGGUUUUGCAUGCCUUCGUGGCAAUGGUGUACUUGUGUCUGCAAUGCCUGAAAUAUAGUUUAUGAAUACUCCAA